AUGGCGAGCGCCGCAGCUGCCGGCCCCGCCUCCUCUCAGCGGGUGCGUGUCGUGCUGCGGUUGCGCCCGUUCCUCCCGUUGGAGGCCGGCUCGGCGGCGGCGCCGCCCUGCGUCACCGUCAUCGGCGGCCGCUCCGGCAGCGAGGUUACCGUCCAGCUCAAGGACCCGCGCACCAGCCGUAGCGAGUGCUACAAGCUGGACGCCUUCUUCGGCCAUGAGGAUCGGGUCCGCGACAUAUUUGACAAGGAGAUCAGCGCCGUGAUCCCGGGGAUCUUCGAGGGUGUCAACGCGACGGUCUUCGCCUGUGGUGCCACCGGCAGCGGCAAGACCUACACGAUGCAGGGAACGGAGGAUCUACCAGGGCUCAUCCCCUUGGCGGUGUCAACCAUCGUGAAGCUCAGCGCCAACACAUUGUGCUCCGUGGAGAUCUCCUACUAUGAGGUGUACAUGGGGCGGUGCCAAAGGUCUGGGCGGUGCUAUGACCUGCUUGAGCCCAAGGACACUGAGAUAAUGGCCUUAGAUGAUCAAGAUGGUAACCUGCAGCUAAAGGGCUUGGCUUGGGUCCCUGUGCGUUCCAUGGAGGAAUUUCAGCAAGUCUACUCGAAAGGUGAGCAGCGGAGGAAUGUGUCCCACACAGACCUGAACGACGUCUCGAGUAGGAGCCACGCUGUGCUCUCCAUCAGGGUCAAUAAUGAUGCUGUCACAGGGAAGCUUAACCUCAUUGACCUGGCUGGAAACGAGGACAAGACUUGCAAUGAAGGGAUUCGUUCUUCGCUGUUUGUACUGUCCAAUGUCAUUUCAGCUCUAAAGAAUAACGAGUCACGGAUACCUUAUAGAGAUAGUAAAUUGACCCGCAUACUACAAGAUUCUCUAGGAGGCAAUAGCCGUGCUGUGAUGAUAGCUUGCCUUAAUCCAACGGAAUACCAUGAGGCACUCCACACAGUAAAUCUGGCUGGUCGUUCAGGCCAUAUCAAACAAACGGCAUCUGCAAGGGUUUUUAGUAGAGUUAAAGUAAUGAACCAAUAUGAUGAGAACAUAAAAAAGAUGCUAUUUGAUUCAGUAGACCAUACUCCAGCAAAAAAUAGAACAAGACUGAGCUCACAAGAUGCAGUGAAGGCAAUUAAGAAAGAAGCAGAAAGGAAACUGGACUAUACCAUGUUUUAUGCAGUGGUGCCUCCUUCAUCAACUCCAUGCAAAGAGGACAAGUUUGAAUCACCCAUUAGCAAAGCUCUUUCUCCCAUUUCUCCCAACAUGGUGAUUCUCAGACAGCAGACAUAUGAAGAUCUCGAUUGCCCCCCUUCACUGGAGCCCAAAACUCCAAUAGGAGCAUGUAACAUAGCUGGGAUGAUUUCAAGUGCUACACCUCUUGAUAAACUCAAUGCACACGGAUCUGACCUGAUGGAAUCUUAUAUUCAACAAUACCUUGAGUUCUUAAAUGUUGCAAGCAAGGAAGAGCUACAGAAAGUGAAAGGAAUUGGUGAAAAGAGAGCAGAGUACAUUGUUGAGCUCCGGAAGGAUUCGCCUAGACCAUUCAAAUCGCUUUUGGACAUGGAAAAUAUAGGUCUAUCAACAAAACAAAUACAAAGCCUCAUGCUUAAAACAGCCACUGGAAUCUUCGAGCAAUCGCUCGAAUGGAGUAUCAAUGAAGUGGAGAGAUGCUAUGAAACACCAGCCAUCGACCCGAGGGACUGGAACUCAGAGGUCACUGUGAAAAGACGGCAACGAAAGAAGCACCUGUCAGUGACUGCCACGCCUAAAGAAGUCAUUUACCACAAGGUUCUAGGUCCAACAAAAUACUCACUGAAAAAAAGGAGGCUGGAUCUCCAGGGCCAGAUCCAGCCCGUCCUCAUCUUCUUCCUCGACGUUGCUCCUCUCUGGUUGCAGGAGGGGUGGCAGGCGGAGAGGAGGCGGUGCGGCAUCUCCGACAAUAAGCCCGUCUUCUUCCUUCCUCGUCAUCUGGUUUGGUUGUGCUGGAGCAGCAACCAAAUCAUAGAUCUCUGGAUCUUCCGAUCUCAUCCAUGGUGGAAGGGCAGAGGAAGCCGAAGAUCUGAAGAUGGCUGCUGCAAUAAGCUCCUGUGGGUCUCCCGAAUCUGCCAUCAACUACGCCUGCCUCCCCGAGUCCGUGGCAGGUUCUUUGGGUUUGACGGCGGGCCAAUUUCUCUGGCGUGGAUUUGGUAUGCCUGUGCUGCUUCUUCGAGCCUUGCUCCUUUGCUUUUAUCCCUGGUUCCAAGCGUCAUGGAGGCGACAGAUCUGGGAGAGCGCAAGGAGACGGUGAUGAGGAGGUGGUGUCGGAGUUCUACAGAAGCGUCUCUUUCGAGCAACACAUCGACGGCGUCCAAGCCGUUCGUCAUCCAAGCCGGUGAAGUUCGGCGUUCUUUCAACCUCCUUCGGAGGCCCUUGAGGUCUGCGGUCGCAUCCAUCGCCGGCUCUGACGCAAGUGGUGUAGUCCCCGCUUUAGAGUACGACGGCGACAUUGCAGGCCUCCUGCUCAUCGGUGGGGAAAGAGAAGGACUUGAUCGCUUUUUCAUAUUUGUUAGUAAGGUCUUUUCUGCAAAUAUCAGGGGCCUAUGUGUAAUUUUCCUUUCUUAUGGGGUCCUUUGUAAUUAUUUGUACACCCACCGACUGGAAUGA